AUGUCUGAGCAACAAGCGACUGAAUCGAAGCCCACCGAGGCACCCGCUGCCGGUGCGGCACCUGCGGCCGGCGGCGAGGAGGGUCCGUCCAAGAGCGCUCUGAAGAAGGCUGCGGCAGCAGCCAAGAAGGCCGAGGCAAAGGCAAAGAAGGCGGCCGAGGUCGCGAUGCGAGAGGCUCAAGCCAAAGCCGCAGCAGGCGGCGGCGAGGACCUGGCCAAGGACAAUUACGGCGCUUCGGCGCCGGCGGAGCGUUUGACCAGCCCUGAGAUCACACUUCCGGAGCUGGGCGAGGCUCAGGUCGACAAGACGGUGCACCUCUUUGCGUUUAUGCAGAACUCACGCAUGCAGGGCGCCAAGAUGGCGUUUGUGGAACUGCGCGAGAAGGGCACGUGGGCGAUCCAGGGCAUCGUGGCGGCGUCAGCAGAUGGCAAGCCCGUCAGCAAGCAGAUGGUCAAGUGGGUCGGGUCGCUGUCCGUCGAGGCCUGGGUGCUCGUCGAGGGUGUGGUCAAGAAGGCGCCCGAGCCGGUCAAGAGCGUCCGCGUCAGCGGGUACGAGUUGCACAUCUCGCGAUUCUACUGCAUCAGCCCCGGGCCGCAGCAGCUGGGUCUGACCCUGGCAGCCUCAAACAAUGGCUUCUCGAACGAGGAUGCCGCCCCCGAAGAGGGCCCCGUCGUGACGGCAAGCUUGAACACGCACCUGGACUACUUUGUCAUCAGCAAGCGGUCGGCGGUGCGGAGUGCAGUUGCCGACGUGCGAGAGACGACCAAGGAGCUGUUCCGAUCGUAUCUGAAGGAGCGUGGCUUCCACGAGUUUGAGAGCCCUUGCAUUAUCGAAGCGGCUAGUGAGGGUGGUGCCAACGUCUUCUCGGCCGACUACUUUGACAAGAAGGUGUUCCUGGCACAGUCGCCCCAGUUUUACAAGCAGUACGAGAUUGCGGGUGGUAGGCAGCGUGUUUUCUGUAUCGGACCUGUGUUCAGGGCGGAGAACAGCAACACCCCCAGGCACAUGACUGAGUUCACGGGUCUCGAUAUGGAAAUGGUUAUCAAGUGGCACUACCACGAGGUGCGCGACAUGCUCGAGGGCGUCUUCCUGCAUAUCUUCCGCGAGUUGAAGAAGCAGUGCGCCGAGCAAAUCGAAACCGUCCGAUCCGUUUUCCCGGCCGAGGACUUUGCCCUGCCGGAGCCGGGCAAGGAAGUGCGCCUGACAUUUGCCGAGGGUCAGAAGCUGUUGCGCGAAGAGGGGCCUGAGGAGUUCCGCAACGUGAGCGACUUUGAGGACAUGAGCACACCACAGGAGAAGGCUCUUGGAGAGAUCAUCCGCCGCAAGUUCGGCACCGACUUCUACGUGCUCGACAAGUUCCCCGAAAGCGCCAGGCCGUUUUACACAUGCGAGGACCCAGAGAACCGCGAACUGACCAACGCGUACGACUUUUUCAUGCGUGGACAAGAGAUCAUGUCCGGCGGACAGCGUAUCCACAAGCCGGAGGAGAUUGAGGCGCGCAUGAGGAGGAAGGGUCUCGACCCCAACUCCAAGGGCCUGAAGGGCUACGUCAACACAUUCCGCCAGGCUGGUGUGCCGCCGCACGGUGGUGGCGGCAUUGGUCUCGACCGUGUGGUGCAAUUCUUCCUCAACCUUUCCAAUGUACAAUAUGCGGCCUUUUACCCCAGGACACCGAACCGUCUCCGGCGCUGUGUCAUGUCCACAGUAAAGCGUAGAAACAGUUCCGACCAAGACGGUUCUGCACCGCCUAAAAAGCAGCGUCGUGACCGUCAUGCCAGGGGCGGCCAGCCAGAUGUGGACGAGACCUACGGCCAGCGUUAUGUAUUUGCCAACCUCGAUGAUCCAACCGCCCCCUCAAGCGACGAGGAGUUUGAAGUCGAGGAUGAAGGCGAUGCCUUGGCAUAUCUGCGAUCUGUCCGAGAGGAGGCAAGCGUGAUUCCACAUCUUCUCAGCGCGCCCAAGGCUGGGCCCCAACUACCUCCAACACUUCGCGAGAAGGAAGACACUAGCUACGAUGACGACCACGUAAACGACAACAUGGCCGACUCGCCCAUGGACCGCAGUAUUUAUCACGAUGGCAUUGGAGACACCCGAGGUUACUAUCACGAUGGUGCAUAUACGGCCAUGCCAGAUGUCCAGGACGAUCAAAAAGACACCAACAACGACGACAUCACACCGGAAGCGGCCGAAGAGGAGGCUCGGAAAGCUGAAGUUUGUAAAGCCCUCUACAGGAGCAUCAUUGCACGGUUCGAGGCAAUACGAGCAAUAGUCCACCAGGAGCCACCGGACGAUGCGCUUCUGGAGCUAUCGUCCGAUCACGGUUUCGAAGUCAGCCCCUUCGGCUCAAGCAAAGGAGGUCAGAAAUCAUAUACGACAUGGAGUUGGCGAUUGCGCAACACAGAUCCACAGCCGGCGCAGGUCGCAGCCAUGGACCGGACGGCGGCCUUCAGGCUAAUCCGCGUCAUUCUCAGCGAUAUCAGGAUGCUUAAACGUGGUCAUGAGAUCACCGAGCGGACUAGUGCAUGGCUGUGGGCGUUGCUGGCAAAGUUGCCUGACGCCGGUGAGCUGGACUAUACCGAUGUUGGAGUGGUGCGCGACCUAGGAAAGCGUGCUGUUCUUAUGAUGACUAGCCUCGCGCAUAUGAAUGCGUUGCGCGAGCAGGUUGAGCUUGGUCAACACGACCGCCAUGACGAAGAUGACACCUCGAACGCCGCUGGCCCUUUGAACGAAGUUGAACUUGGCCACUACGAGGGAGAAGAGGGGGUGAUUGGGGCUCCCCGAGACACCUCUGGUGCGACUGACGAUCACGAUGAUGAUGCCGACAACGCAGCCACCAAUGAAGAUGCCGAGGCUCCUGCUUCAGCCCAGAACACACUUGAUGCAGAUGGUGCCAGUGAGGACGAACCUAUGGAUCUCGAAGAUGGUGAGGUUGACGAAGGAGAAGUUCCCGAUGGUACAGCACCGGCAGAUGACGGCAGCGAUGAUCUCGAGGCUAUCAAGGCAAGACUGCUGGGGGACCUCGAGCCGCCUGUCAACAUCGAGCCGGAAAUAGAGCCUUCAGAGCACGAUGAUUGGGAGGCCGUAAAACUGCGCUCUCGUAUGAACAUGCGCAUGACACUCAACAUGAUCCUCACGGUUGCGGAAUACCGAGUACGACCAAUCCAUCUGGAGGCUGUCUAUCGCGCCAAACAACAGGUUCGUUCAAGUGGCCGGGAAAGCAAAGCAGUAGUCUCGGCCGGUCCCGAUUGCUUCUCUCGAAUAUCUUCGCACCUCGGAAACCAGAGAAAAGCAAUGUCUGCCCACCGCGCCAAACGCCCCUUUGCCGGCGCGGCAUCCGACCCCGCUCAGCGCCAGAUCACAUCCUUCUUCUCGGCCACCUCGUCGCCGUCACCGAGCGACGACUACUACAACAGCAGCGGCGGAGGCCGCGCCUCGCAGCACGCAACCGCACCGGUGCUACCGGCUUCUGUUCAGUCGAGCCUGCUCAACGUGGGCAUGCGUGUCCGCAAGUCCGUUCCCGAGGGCUACAAGACGGGCAGCUACGGCAGCUUCUCGCUGUGGUCAGACGAGAAACCCGUCAAGCAGGUGGCGAGCACCGCCGACUUCAAGACUGUACCUGCCGUCAAGUCGUCGUCGUCCUCCAGCUACACGGGCGGCAACCGUGAACUGCUGCCUUUUUGCGGUAUCCACAGCGUCGGCGGCAUGAGCAGCCAGCCGGUGUUUGCCUCGGGAGCUUCGUCCGUCCCGGACUUGGAUGAUAUGCCCGGCUUGUCGAGCAGUCAAGAGUCGGUCGAGUCAAAUUAUUCGCAAGGGGCCACUGUGGUCAACUCCCGCAAGAGAGUUUACGGAGACGAGCAGGACGGGGAGGACGAGAGUCCGGAGCAGGUUGGCCUUCGCCUCUUCCGUCAACAGUUCCGACAUGAUGGUGAGGUCAGCCCACGGAGCCAGACGCCUAUGGGGUUUGGGAAUCCUCGGGUCAUGGCCGUGCCGCGCACCCGUCGGCAAACCGGAGCCGAGCUGAAAAAUGGGGCCUUUAUCCAGGACCAAGAGAAUGUCGUGGUGGCAAAAUCCGAUGACUUUCCAGAGGCAGACUUUCUUGAUUACACAUCGGAUUUGGAGAUGGAUGUUGCUUGA